AUGUCUGCCCCCGCUCAGAAGUUCAAGGUCGCUGACAUCUCCCUGGCCGCCUUCGGUCGCCGGGAGAUCGAGCUCUCCGAGGUCGAGAUGCCCGGUCUCAUGGCCAUCCGUGAGAAGUAUGGUGGUGACCAGCCCCUCGCUGGUGCCCGUAUCGCCGGUUGCCUGCACAUGACCAUCCAGACCGCUGUCCUCAUUGAGACCCUCGUUGCCCUCGGUGCUGAGGUUACCUGGACAUCCUGCAACAUCUUCUCCACCCAGGACCACGCUGCCGCCGCCAUCGCUGCCGCCGGUGUCCCUGUCUUCGCCUGGAAGGGUGAGACCGAGGAGGAGUACCAGUGGUGCCUUGAGCAGCAGCUGUUUGCCUUCAAGGACAACAAGAAGCUCAACCUCAUCCUUGACGACGGUGGUGACCUGACCUCCCUCGUCCACUCCAAGCACCCCGAGAUGCUCGAGGACUGCUUCGGUGUCUCUGAGGAGACCACCACCGGUGUUCACCACCUGUACCGCAUGCUGAAGGAGGGCAAGCUCAAGGUCCCCGCCAUCAACGUCAACGACUGUGUCACCAAGUCCAAGUUCGACAACCUGUACGGUUGCCGUGAGUCCCUCAUCGACGGUAUCAAGCGUGCCACCGAUGUCAUGAUCGCUGGUAAGGUCGGUGUCGUUGCCGGUUACGGUGAUGUCGGUAAGGGUUGCGCCCAGGCCCUGCACUCUAUGGGUGCCCGCGUCCUCGUCACUGAGGUCGACCCCAUCAAUGCCCUCCAGGCCGCCGUCCAGGGUUACGAGGUCACCACCAUGGAGGAGGCCGCUAAGAUCGGUCAGAUCUUCGUCACCACCACUGGCUGCCGUGACAUCCUGGUUGGCCGCCACUUCGAGGCCAUGCGCAACGACGCCAUUGUCUGCAACAUUGGUCACUUCGACAUUGAGAUCGACGUUGCCUGGCUCAAGGCCAACGCUCAGUCCGUUCAGAACAUUAAGCCCCAGGUUGACCGCUACCUUCUGAACGGCAAGCACAUCAUCCUUCUGGCUGAGGGUCGUCUGGUCAACCUGGGCUGUGCCACCGGUCACUCUUCCUUCGUCAUGUCCUGCUCCUUCUCCAACCAGGUCCUUGCCCAGAUCGCUCUGUUCAAGGCCGAGGACGCCGCUUUCGGCAAGAAGUACAUCGAGUUCGGUGCUGGCGGCAAGAAGGAUGUCGGCGUCUACGUUCUGCCCAAGGCUCUGGACGAGCAGGUCGCUCGCUGCCACUUGGACCACGUCAACGCCAAGCUGACCCAGCUCACCCCUGUCCAGGCUGAGUACCUCGGCCUGGAGGUUGCCGGUCCCUACAAGAGCGAGAUCUACCGCUACUAA